GCGGAGGGACUACUUUUGCAAAACAAGGCUCGAGAAGACUCAGCUGUUCCGACAUUUGUUAUUGAGGCAAAGACGUCGUCUGCGUUUGGUACCUAAAUAUUUGUGUGUUAAUUCGCUCCGUUCGAAACUGAAAAUGAAGUUCCAGUACAAGGAGGAGCACGCGUUCGAGAAGAGGAAGAGCGAGGGCGAGAAGAUCAGGAGGAAAUACCCCGACAGAGUGCCUGUUAUUGUCGAGAAGGCACCAAAGGCAAGGAUUGGAGAUCUUGACAAGAAGAAAUAUUUAGUGCCAUCUGACUUGACUGUUGGUCAGUUCUACUUCUUGAUCCGGAAACGUAUCCAUCUUCGACCUGAGGACGCCCUUUUCUUCCUUGUAAACAGUGUAGUUCCACCCAGCAGUGCAACCAUGGGUUCACUUUACCAGGAGCACCAUGAAGAGGACUUCUUCUUGUACAUUGCUUACAGUGAUGAGAAUGUUUAUGGAAAAUUAUAACUUUAAAACCAAAACUACAGCCAGGAAUUUUGAAGCAGAAUCAACAUAAUGGAAAAAUCAAGAAAAAGCUUAAAACCUACUUAGAAACCUUACAAAAAAAAUUUCAUAAAACUACUGAGGCAUCUGCUUGUUAGAAUGUAUCCUUAAUUUAUUGUAGAGGUUUUAUCUUCACUCUUUUGACUUGAGCAGUGUUUGGUUUCUUUCAAUUUGUAUUAGAUCCAAUUCCUUUCCUGCUUGUUUCAGGCUGUUGAUCUCAGUCUAUAUUAUUUCUGUGAUUGCAAACUUUUUAUGUAAAUUUUUGUUGAGCCAUUUGCAUCUACCCUUGCAAAUAGUGGUUUUAAAAAUUGCACUAGCACAUAACAAUGGUGCUCCUUCAGGACGCUUCCUUCUCCAGUUCGGACUUCUAUCACUUUAAAGCAUUAUAUAAAGUAUAUUUUUGGUUUAUGUUUUUCUUAUGAAUCCUUGCACAUAUUGUGCAGUUCUUUUUUUUAAUUAUUGUAAUUCUGUUAAUUUUGUUUCUUAUCGUAUACAGGAGUGUUUCACACAUGUAUGAGUCUAAAAUAAUGUGUACACUCUGGGAGGGAUCUACUAUAUUCAAAAAAAGUAACUCCUAUUCGUAAGACACCUUAUAUUGUGUAAAACCAGUUUAUUUUAGAUUACUGUAAUAGUAAAUCAUUUCAUGCUUACAAGGAUAUUGGGUAGUGAUAGCUAGUAAUAGUCAAUGUUCUAUUGAACAGGAAGCUAAAAAUACAUGUGUAAAGUAUGACCGUUCGUGUGAGUGAUUUGCCGUAUGUGUGUGUGACUGUGUGUGUGUGCAAUUGAUAAAUUAAUGAAAAGGACAAAAAAACAAUUAAAAGCCUUCAAAAAAACCUGAA